AUGCGCUCUCCCUCGACUCCCGCUCCGCCCGAAGUUGAACCCAUCCCCUUCUCCAGACCGGUAACCCCGGCGCUGCGUGGGAAGCGGUGGGCGUUCCUGGGUCUCGGUGAGAUGGGUAAACGCAUGGCGACCAACCUGGCGCGCACGCUGGCGACCCACUCGGCCCCACCGCUGCGGGUGUGGAACCGCCACGCGGAUGGCGUGCCGGCCUUCAAGACGUGGGCGGCCGACAGAGGGGUGCACGAGUCGGCGUACAUGGUCAUCAAGGACCUCAAAGACAUUGUCAACGAGGCUGACGUCGUGGUGACGAGCCUCAAGGACGACGAGGCCGUCAAGGAAGUGUAUGCAGUGCUGUUUACUGCGGAAGUUGGACACGAUACGACGUUUGUCGACAUGUCCACUACAUACCCGACGCUUGCGGGCGAGCUCGAGCGGCAGGCGAGCUCCAAGCCUGGACGCAGCUUCAUCGCAUGCCCCGUGUUUGGCGUGCCGCGUGCCGCCGAGCGCGCCGACCUCGUCCUCGCUAUCGCCGGCGACUACUUUGCUAAGAAGAGUGUCGCGCACACCUUGUGUCCCGGUAUCGGCAAGAAGGUGAUGGACAUGGGCGCCAACGUCGAACGCGCAAUGUCGUUCAAGCUCGUCGGUAAUGCGCUCGAGCUCGGUUUUGUCGAGCUCAUGAGCGAGGCGUUUACUCUCUGCGAAGCCGUUGGCGCAGACGCUUCCCAGCUCGUUGAGCUCAUUCGCGAGCAGCAUGGGAGCGCUAGCCUUAUUCGCUACGCUGAGCGGAUUCGGAACAACAAAUUUGACGCGACGGGCGGGUUCACUGUCGCUGGUGGACUCGCCGAUGCCAAGCAUAUCCGCCAGCUGGCGGAUGCACACAAUGUGCCGAUGCCGGCGAUCGACGUCGCGCAACAGCACCUCACGACGGCGCGUGCCAUCGGCAGAGCCGACUAUGACUGGACCGCCCUGGUUGCCGGCGAGCGCAUUGCCAGUGGCCAGCCGCCCUUUGCAGGCAAGACGCGCCUGGAGAAGUACGAGGGUGCGUAG